AGAGAGCGAAGUUGAGCAACUACAAGCGGCUUCAGAAUAUUGAGCAAGCGACCAGUGAAACAAAGUUAACGUAGGUCGCUCAAGCCAUAACGUGGUGCUUUUGUGUAAUGUGCCUCCUACAGUUCCAUCCCUUAACUUACUGUCGCAUCCCAGGCAUGGUCCGGUCUUCAGCAACUCGAAAUUUGUCGAUGUCCAGCUCCAAGAUGACAUGCAGAAACUGAGUGAUAACGAGUGUAGUAAAGGUAACCUGCGAGAGCUGACUGGUCCUUACUGCUCUCCACAAAAUUUUACCCCAUUUUUAGAAGAGAGGACGAAAAAAUCCAGAAAAAGACGUGAGAAGAAAACGAAAGCCAUUGAACGUGAAAUCCGUGCGUCCUUGAAUUCCAAGUGUGAACAGUACAUGUUCUGUUGCGUCACUGAGGCUGAAUUGCGAACACGUGUGGUAUUCUCUGGGAGGAAUAUUGGCAACCAACUUGUUUGCGAUGAAGAACGUACCGACAUGAAAGUUCUUUGGCAUCGUAAAUGUAUUGAGGCUGUUGAUGAAGGUGCUUCCAGUUAUUACUUUGUUACAAUAUCUAUAGUGCUGCAGGUUCAACAGCAUGUGUUCGCUGUUGUUAUAUCCAGUGAAUCACUGAACGAGCUGGUAAGAAGUAAGAGUUUAGAAGAUUUUGUUGCCAUGCAGAAGCUCUCGUACCCUGUUGCGAACUCUUCACUCAUUGUGAUAUGUCACGCUGUGUAUCUGUUUCAGGUGCAUGACUUAUCCAUCGAGCUUUUCGAUAACUAUCGUACUCAGUUUCAUUACGUUCCUACUGCUCACGAUUUCGCGCUUUAUUUGGCUCAAAUUACUCGCGCUCUGGCGAAGAUGGGUCGCACUCAUGAUUCCACCGGUCACAAUCUUCAGGGUGUUAAAGACGCUUCUACCGAUGUCUUGGUCCGCGACUGGUGGAGCAAAAUGCUAUCGGUGAUUUGUCGAAUGCAAGAUGGGCAGAGACGUGCCAUUCUAUCUGCAUUUCCUAAUCCAUUUAUUGCCAGCAAGAAAUUCAUAGAGAUGGGAUACACAGAUGCUGUAGUGGAGUUAGCGAAUAUCCAGACAGAAGAUGGUCGUCGUCUUGGUCCUGUUAUAGCUCAUAGACUAUUCAUGAUCCUUACUGAUAGUACAGGAACUGAAAUCAUAUUUUAG